AUGAAAUUGUAUGCUCUUUUUGUUGUGUUUUUGCACCUGUCUUGCCGCGUGGUCCAAGCAAAGGCAGUUUUUGCUCAUUUCAUGGUUGGGAACUGUAAAUCAUGGGAAACAUCAGAUUGGCAGGCCGACAUAAAAAUUGCGCAGCAAGCCCACAUCGAUGCUUUCGCACUUAAUAUCGCCGCAGAAGACGAAAAUAAUGCAGUUUCUAUAGACCGAGCAUUCUCAGCAGCCGAGUCUCUUGGCUUCAAGCUUUUCUUAUCUUUCGAUUACGCAGGUAAUGGUCCUUUCGACAUGAAUGAUGUGAUCGCAUAUAUCACAGAGUAUGGUGCCAGCCCCGCAUACUUCACAGUUGAUGGACAGCCUCUUGUUUCGACAUUUGAGGGACCUGCAAAUGCGGAUGACUGGAUUACCAUCAAAUCCCAAACAAACUGUUUUUUCCUUCCCGAUUGGUCUUCGGCAGGUGCUCAAGCUGCCCUGUCUCUUUCUCCUGGUGUGGUAGAUGGCCUUUUGAGCUGGGCAGCAUGGCCCUGGGGCAAUCUGGAUGUCAAUACUUAUGUUGAUGCUUCAUAUCUUGAAUACCUCAAUGUUUCUUCAUUUUCCAAUCCUUUACAAUAUUUGAUGCCGGUUUCUCCUUGGUUUUAUACAAACUUGCCGGGAUAUAGUAAGAAUUGGGUUUGGAGGGGAGACGACUUGUGGUAUGACAGGUGGCAGGAAGUUUGGGUUGUGCAGCCAGAAUUCGUAGAGAUACUGACGUGGAACGACUACGGUGAAUCUCACUAUAUUGGUCCUCUACACGACGAAGAAAUGGAAGCAUUCGACAUUGGUGAAGCACCAUUCAACUAUGUCACCGACAUGCCCCACGACGGUUGGCGCAUGUUCCUUCCAUAUGUCAUUGAUACUUAUAAGAAUGGAAUUGCCACGAUCAAGCAAGAAGGUCUGACUGUAUGGUAUCGUCUCACGCCCAAAGCUGCUUGUGAUGAUGGCCCCACUUCGAACCUUCUUUUCAAACCUUAUUCUCCCGCUUCAACCCCACUUCUUCCCUUACCUAACUCUGCCUAACAUUCCUCCACAGGUUUCUUCGGUCUUCAAAUCGCAUACAACAGGAAAUACAGCCAGCCAACUCCAAGUAGAGUUCUACCCAACUGACAUCAUCCAAGAUAACAUCUUCUACACUGCACUCUUGGGAACUAAACUAUCGGUCAAGGUCACAGUCGGUGGCGUGGACUUGGGCGCCGCAUGGACUAGUACACCUGAUGGCGAUGUUGGCCUAUAUCAUGGCAGUGUAGCUUAUGGCUGAGCGUUGGGGAAAGUUGUGGUUACAGUGGGAUCCAUGGUAAUGAGUGGAGAAACUAUCACCACGAGCUGCGAUCGUGCUGACGGCCAGAACGGUCUAACAAACUGGAACUCUUGGGUAGGUAGUGCUUCCGGAUCAACUAUCAGCGCCACACCCGCGCUCAACUUAACAGAACAAGUAUGCAUUCAGGGAACGGGAGCUCCUGGCUAUGAGGAGCUAUGCACUUACUCAUGUCAUUUGGGAUACUGCCCUAUUGGAGCCUGCACGUGUCUGGCUAUGGGAAAGCAGGUGGAUCAACCUGACUCCACAGGCACUAAAGGGUAUCCAGCAGCUGGCUUGAAUGCUACGUUCAGUGGACUCUGUGACUUCGCUUGUAAUACUGGGUUUUGUCCACCAGAAUCGUGUGAUACUGUGGAGCAUGAGCUCAUUAUUCCAACAGUAUCACCGUUUUUGCCAUCCGCUUGUACCAAUGGCACCGGAGUCGGUGAUCUUCAAGGUUUAUGUGAUUACUCUUGUCACUUUGGAUUUUGUCCUAUUUAUUCGUGCACAUGCAUUCGAAAAGGUGCCUUAAACGUGCCACCACCGACCACGGGCGCGAGUGGGAAAGCAGCACCAGGACUAGAUCCUCUUAUCUAUGACGCCAUUUGCGAGUUUACAUGUAGCCGGGGGUAUUACCCAGAUGGGGUUUGCUCUCCCGCAGAUACCAAUAGUGGUACUGGGGAUUUUCUGGUCUACGUCCCACCAAGUAUCUGGAACAAUGCCGAACCAAUCGUAGAAUUGGGUUGCUAUCCUCCUUGUACCUUUAUUCUUCCUCCUUUCACUCUCCCAGCACCAACAGUGAUCAGCUUUGACUCAUACUUUACUACUUUGGAAGUCUUUAGUGUCACAGCUACUACAAUAAUCACAUACACAAACACGAUAGCUGGAACCUUUUAUGUGUCUGAAGUAGCUCAAGGUACAUCGUCGCUGAAGACUACAACCAUUUUCGUGCCGCCGUUGACUACUGAUGUUCUCAACUUCUGGAAUAUGCCCAUCGAUGAUUCAGACAUCAAAGAAACUCUCAUCGCAAUACCGACCAGCAUUCUACCACCAACUGUGACAUUAACCGAAACCAGUGCUGGGACGGUGUAUGAUCGUACAAUUCACCCACCACCAUGGCCAUACACUAAUCCAACACCGACCACAAGAUCAAGUGAUGGCCCUCCACCGUUGCUCUCAUUCACUUCAUCUGCAGCAAGCUCAACAUGUACCAAGGAUUGUGGUUCUCCCUGCAGAGGACUAUUUUGCAAUUGGCCUUGCCUCUUCGACUGCGUGAAGGUUCCAGAUCCUGACUGGUGGGACAUGAAAGACCCUCAUAACCCAUGGGGACCUGAAAAAACACCAUACCAGCCUGAAAAUACUGAAUGCACCACCACUAGUGCAAGUAGCUGUUGGACCGAGUGCUUAGCUUCUAGCAAAACGAGCACUUGCACAUCUUCCUGUUCUAUCGGCUACGGUUGCUCUGUGACUGCAACCUCAACUCUAGGAACGUAUACACUUGCCCCAUCCGGAUAUUGGACUGCAGAUUCCUUUGAUCGAGCUUCGGAUUCAGAUGCUGCAUAUGCUAGCUCUGUUGAUGCAGACGUAAGCUCAGAGUUAGCAGAUUGGUUCCCUGAAACGGCAACGGUUACGCCUGUAUCAACUACUACACUUCCAGAUGUCACCGUUACCGUGACUCCAACACCUACAGCAGAUUGCUCUUUCUGGGAUGACGGGUUUUUCUUUCUCUUCGAGGUAUAUAAUAUCAAUGGCUGGGCGACGAGCGACAAUGGUGCAGGUCUCCGCGAACAAGAGACUGUGUGUGGCGCCUUGACAGGUUGGGAUUGGCACGCUGCAGAGGGCGGAGGCUACGCUUCCGUGUAUUUCAAUCUCCCAACAAUCUUAACCGCGGGAUGUGUAGAGAGGGCAAUCGUAACAGCCGGCGGACCAAAACUUUCAUGUCAAGGAGAAGGGGUCCCCGGGCUUCGCAAGAACAAGAUUCGAAAGCGCGAAAUGACUAUUCAGAAGCCGAGUUUCAAGGCGCCGAGCAUUACACCUACAUAUACAUCCGAUGCGAGUGCAUCGCACACGUAUACGCCCGAGUAUUGGAACUCCACAAUUCCGACUGCAUUGGUGAAUGAGCCGGACGGCCAUGGAGUCGUGAAAAAUUGGAUGACCCCCACGCCGGAUAACAAAACCUCGGCGUAUACAAUGUAUGCGGUCGUGUAUCCUACGGCGUACAUUGCCUAG